ACAUUCGGUUCAGGAUACUAAUUCACUCUACAAAUAUGGUCAUAAGGCCUAUGAUCUGGCUUAUUUGACGAUCAUGUAUUCUUGUUUUAACGCUUUAUACCUGAAUUGUAAAGAAUUAUCACAUCGAAUAUUAGUCUUGAUUCGAGGAUCAAGAAAUAAAAUUCCCAUGAUUAUAACAGGUAGAAUGGAUUGA